AUGCGCGGAAAAAACGAGGACAGGAAGAAGAGCCCAAGAGAGGAGAGCCGAGAAGGGGGAGAAAAAGGGCGGGCAAGGGGGGAAGCAAAGAAGGGCGCAGAGGAGCAGAAAAAGAGGGCAAAGGGGGAAGCAAAGGAAGGGCGCAGAGGGAGCAGAGGGGAAGGGGCCGGAAGAGGGCCGAAGGGAGCCGGAAGGAAGAGGAGGAGCCGGGAACGGGGCCGGGAAAGAGGAGCGGGGCCGGGAAGGGCGGGGAGGGCACCGGGAACGGACGCAGGGAGGGCAAGAAGAAAGGGCGGAGGGGCGAACCGCAGCCCAAGCAAAGGGGGCAGAAGGAGGACGCGAGGGGACGCGGAGGAAAGGAAAAGAAGAAGGGAGGAGCGACAACAAAAAAGAAGACAGAGGCAGGGCGGGAAGGGAGAAGGAGGGGGCGACAAGGCGGGAGGCAAAAAAAAAAGGAGGCAGGAGCAAGAAAGGAAAGAAGAGAAAGAAGGGCAGGAGGGAGAGGGGCGGGAGGGGGCGCCAAGAGAAAAAGGCGGGACAGGCAAAGGCAGCAAGGGAGGAGAGGCGCGACAGGGGCCCGACAAGGGCGGGAGGAAAAAAAAAGGAGGCAGGAGCAAGAAAGGAAGGAAGAGAAAGAAGGGAGGAGGGAGAGGGGCGGGAGAGGGCGCCAAGGGAAAAAGGCGGGACAGGCAAAGGCAGCAAGGGAGGAGAGGAAGAGAGGGUACGAGGAAGCGGGGACGUCAAAGAGGGGACGCGAAAAAGGAGGGAGACGAGAGAGCGGAAGGAAGAAGAAGGAGGCGGGACAGGAGAGAGAGAGGAGGGAAGAGGAAACCGAGGACAAGACGAAGACGAAGAAGAAGAGGGAACGAAACGAAGGACGAGAAGAGAGAGGGAAACGAACACGAAGAGGAGAGAGCCGAAGACGCCCCCGCAAGUGACAAGGGGGACGAGGCAACAACAGGAGAGCGGGCCACAGAGAGGAGAAGAACGCGGACCAGGGAGAGCGGGAGGGAACACAGCAGCGAGCGGAGCCGGGGGGAAAGGAAGCGAACCGGCAACGCCGGCGGCGCCACGGGGGCACGAACAAAGGGGAAGCAAGGGCCACAGGCGGCGGACGAGCAGGGAACACCGGGGGGGAACAGAGAGAAGGCGCACCCAAAGGAGCACACCAGAGAGGGGGAGGAGCAGCCAAGGACACGCCAAGCGCGGGCAACAGAGAAACCAACCAGGGGACCGCCGCAGACACAGCAGCCAGAGCCGGGGAGGCAGCCGCGGGAGACGAACGAGCAACCGGGCGGGGCGGCCGACAAGACCAGGAAAGCAGAGGGCCACCAAGAAAAACCGCAAAACCACGAGGAGACGGCCGGGCAGCGGGAGCACCAGCCCAGGCCGAAGCCGAAAAGGCAGGAACCGCAACAGAGGAGGAAGGACGAAGAAAAAGACCAAAGGGCAGAGGGCCGGGACAGACCGCAGAACACGCGGGAGCAGAGCCCAAGGCGCAGGGGGGGGAGAGGGCAGAGGCGGACAGACCCGAGGCACGGCAAAAGAGAGAGCCGGACGAGGAACAGGAAGAGACGGGAGAGCCCCAGCAAGACGGCGAGACGGCGGGGGAGCCGCAGAGGAACCACAGAAGCAGAAGAAGGGCGGGACACAGGAACCGGAGGAGCCAACGGGGGACAGGCCACCAGACCGGCACGGCGCAAAAGAGCGCGCAGGGAGCGCGGCGGAGAAAGAAACAAACCACCAGCCGGGGAGACCGGCGCAAGGCCAAGAAAAAAAGACGGAGCACCCAGGGCACGAAGCGGAAACGCCGAGGCGAAGGCAGGAAGAAGCCGAGGAACACACGAAGCAGCAGACCCCAGAACAAGGAGAGCAGCAACAGAGACAAGCAAAGAGAAACAAAGAGAGGCACGAGGAGAGAGGAAGAAAGAAACAGCAGGCGGGGAGGGGGAAAAACCAACCGACACCAAGAAAGCAGGCAACCGAGGGAACCACGCGCGAGGAGCCGGCGGAAGACCAGAGAGGGACCGCGGGAACAAACACACAGCAGCCGGCCGGGACGGGGCGGCAGAACCGGGCGGCGGGCGCAGGGAAACGGGCGCGGCAAGAGGACCAGGGAGGAAGGCGGGGGGAACAGCCAACGGCCGAAGGACCCAACCGCGAGAAACGGCGAAAGGAGAGAAGAAGCCGCACGGGGGGGGGGGGACAACAGGACGGAAAGGCGCAAAAAAGGCGGGCCCAGCGACGGGAGGGAAACCCGGAGCGACCAAGCGAGCCGGGGGCCGCGCAAGCGGGCCAGCGGCCGGGCGCGGCGGGCGGAACACCCAGGGGCACCCCACAACAGGCAGGCCAGGGGGGACGACGAACCAGACGCCAAGGGGGAGGCGGGAGCAAGGCAGGAAACGCAAGAGCCAGGGCCGCACGCCACGCCGGAGACCGAACGGCCGGAGAAGAACAAGGCGGGGCAGGAACAGGCAGAAGAGCCACAGGCGGCGGCGGGCCGGAGAACGGGGGCCAGGACAGGAGACCGAGGCGGAACAGGCGGCGCCGGACGGCGGCCGCGCGGGGCGCAGGAGGAGCACCCGAGACCGCCCCGGCCGGAGCCGGAGCAGGCACGGGGCGAGAAGCGGAACCAGCGGCGGCAGCCCCGGAAGCCGCGGCCAACGCCGGAGGAGGAGCAGGGCCAGGGGGACAAACAGCGGAGCCAACACCAACCCGAACGGCACCAACACCCCACGGCGCAACCGGGCGAGAGCGAGAGACCGGAGAAGGCAGAGAAGAAGCAAACGGAGAGACGGGCGCAGCAAACCGGACAGGACGACAAAGGAAGACCGGGGGAGGAGCAGGAGCGAAACAACGAGAGCCACGAAACGAAGACGGAGAACCAAGAAACACACACGGGAGGACCGAGACGGCAACGGGGGACGAGGGGACGGGCGCAACAGAGGAGAACAGAGACAGCCAAACACACGCAAGAAGGAAGAAGAAGGAGGAGAAGGAGGCAAACGAGAAGGAGGACGGACAGGGCGAGAACGCGAGGAGGCAGGGAGGGAGGAGAGAGACCGCAGGCGCAAAGGCAGAAGCCCAAGAGCGCGGGGGAACCGAAGCCGGAGCCAAGAGAGCCAGACCCGGGCCACAACGGGACGAGGCCGACGCGCAACGCGACCAGGCGGCGCAGGGGGAGAGGCACAAGAGGCCGAGGAGGGAGACCCAAAGAGACAAAAGGACGGGGCAACCGGGGAGACGCGCCCCCGAAAGCAGAGGGGAGAGAGACAAGCGGACGACCAGAGGAACGCGCAACGAGGGACCGAAACGGCGCGAAGAGAGCAGACACAGCAGGGGGGAAGCGCAGAGGAGAAAACCAGACAGAGCGGGGGGAGGCAGCAACAAACAAAACAAAAGAACGAAAACCAGGGACAGAAAGAAAAGGCGCGGGGCCCCAAAGAGCAGGAGAAAGAAGCGCGAAAACAGGCGACGGAGGAGGAGGGACACGAGGCAAGGGAAACCGAGAGGAGGGCCCAAGCAGACAAGCACGACACGACACCGAAACGAGGACGAAAACGAGAAGCAAGGGAACACGAAGGCAAAAGCGGCCGCAAGACACGAGGAGGAGGGGGACCCAACCGACCAGGCCAAACGGCAGAGGAGACACGCGAAGCCACGAACGCAGCGGGACGCGAACGAGAAACAGGCCAAGAAGAGAGACCCCCCGAAGCCGGCCCGCGAGACAGAACGGCCCGGGGGGAACGAGCCGGCACAAAGAAACAAGCAGGGGGAAAGGCAAAGAAGACAGGAGGAGCACGGGCAAACCGGGGCACAGAGAAGAAAGACGCAGAAAGCCCAGGAACAAAAAGAACAGCAGACAACCGAAACAGGGGGGGAGAAGAGGCGACCGAAGACGAACCAGGACCAACAAGAGGGAAACACGGACCGGCACCAACACGAAGAGGAGCCGGACCGGGAGAAGAGACCGGCGAGGACAGCAAAGACGGAGCGGGGGGGCAGGGGGCGACGCACCAGGGCGGGAAACCAGGGCGGAG